AUGACGUCCAGUGCAGAAGAAGACGAGGAGAAGAGGAGCGAAGAAGAGAAGAAGAUGAGUGGAGGAGAAGAGAAGAGGAAGAGGGAAGAUGACAGCCGACAGAAAGACACCAAGAAGAAGAGGAUUGCACCCAAUGCCAGAGUGUUGGAGGAUGAGGAGCCAAGAGCAGGACCCAGCACGGCUAUAACACCCAGAGCCAACACCCGACUUUCCAUCAGCGGGUUCAGAUUCCAUCAGGUGCUGGGUCGGGGCAGCUUCGGCAAAGUGGUCCUGGCUUCCGUCCGUGGCCGAAACAUCUACAAGGCCAUCAAGAUCAUCCCCAUAGAGGACAAUGCGGAAGCCCUACAGCGAGAGAGGCAGAUACUCCUGGAGGCCAGAGACUGCCCAUUCCUAUGUCAUCUCUCUGACGCUCUGCAGUCUCAGGCCCAUGCCUAUUUCAUCAUGGAGUACUUGUCCGGUGGCAGCCUUGAGUCACUGAUCGACAUGAGCGGCAAGCUGAACAUCGAAAAUGUCCGGUUCUACACGGCAGAAGUGAUCUGCGGCCUCCAGUUCCUCCACGGCCAUGGCAUCGCCCAUCGAGACAUCAAACCAGCCAACAUCAUGCUGGACACAGAUGGUCACAUCCGAAUUAUAGACCUGGGGCUGGCGCAAGACGGUCUGACCGCGUCCACUAAGAUCUAUGGACGGGCGGGAACAUACCGCUACAUGGCCCCAGAGGUGCACCUGGAUCAACCAUACACCGUAGCAGCAGACUGGUGGAGCCUGGGGGUUGUCGUGUCCAAAAUGUCAACUGGACAUUUCCCAUUUAAGGACAGCCACCAGAUGCAAUUGGUCUACCUGGCAAUCACCAAAGCAAAGCCAAGAUUUCCAACAUGGCUGGAGGUAGACCUGAAACAUCUCAUCAAGAAGCUGCUACGGAAAGAUCCAGAGAGGCGCCUGGGUGUGUCAGGAAACAUCAGAGACCACCCAUUUUUCGGAACCAUCUGUUGGGAGGAACUGGAGAUGAGGAGAGCGCAGCCUCCCUUUAGACCUUUCCAAGACUGCUCACAUGAGCAGUGGCGACCAAUCCAAGGGCAGCAGAAAGUGUCUUGGACUACCAAAUGCACGUCUGAGAAGCUUCUGGAUUACAGAAGAGGAGCCUGGGAUUUGGUGGAUCUGGAGGUCACCAGAGUCCUAAGUUAUCAGAAAAGUGGAAAAUACGAGAGCAGCAAAAAUGUUUAG